AUGGCGACUGUAGCUUCUUCAACAACUCUCAUCUCCUCCUCCUCCUCCUCCACUAGGGUUUUCUCAUCCAAGUCUUCUCUUCCAUCUCCCUCCGUCUCUUUCCUUCCAUCCCUUUCCUCUCCUUCCCCAUCCGCUUCUCUCCGGUUUGCUCGACCCUCUUCCCUCACCUCAAUCCGCUCCACUUCUCGCCGGAGCUUCGCUGUUAAGGCCCAAGCCGAUGAUCUCCCAUUGGUUGGAAACAAGGCGCCUGAUUUUGAGGCCGAGGCUGUGUUUGAUCAGGAGUUCAUCAAGGUGAAGCUCUCUGAGUACAUUGGGAAGAAGUAUGUGAUUCUCUUUUUCUACCCUUUGGACUUCACUUUCGUCUGCCCAACAGAGAUUACUGCCUUCAGUGACCGGUACGCAGAGUUUGAGAAACUGAACACAGAAGUUCUAGGUGUCUCUGUUGAUAGUGUGUUCUCCCACCUUGCAUGGGUUCAAACAGACAGAAAAUCUGGAGGACUUGGUGAUCUCAACUAUCCCCUUGUUUCAGAUGUCACUAAAUCAAUCUCAAAAUCUUUCGGAGUGCUCAUUCAUGAUCAGGGAAUAGCGUUGAGAGGGCUUUUCAUAAUCGACAAGGAAGGAGUGAUCCAACAUUCAACCAUUAACAAUCUUGGUAUUGGCCGAAGCGUUGAUGAGACAAUGAGAACCCUUCAGGCAUUACAGUACAUCCAGGAGAACCCUGAUGAAGUCUGCCCUGCAGGAUGGAAACCAGGGGAGAAGUCAAUGAAACCUGACCCCAAGCUCAGCAAAGAGUACUUCUCAGCUAUUUAGAAUAACUUAAAAGGCACAAAGCCUUUGUUAUGUGUGAGCAGAGUUUUUUUUUUCUUUUCGUUUACGCUGAAUCCUUUGUUUGAAUCUCACUGUGUCCCUCAAAAACCAUAAAACUUCAUUUUCCACUAAUAAAGUUUGGUUACCA